AUGACCGGUCAACGGAGUUCCUACGGCAAGCGCUCCCACUCCCACUCAGAUUCCGACGCCGGCUCCAAAAACAAGCGUCGUAACCCCGCCGCCGAUGACUCCCCUCUUAUCAGCGCGGAGGACACCGUCUUCCGCUAUCUGUGUCCCGUCCGCAAGAUCGGCAGCGUCAUCGGCCGCGGUGGAGACAUCGUCAAGCAGCUCCGCGCCGACACCAGGGCAAAGAUCCGCAUCGGCGAUGCGCUUCCAGGUUGCGACGAGCGCGUAGUUACGAUCCACAGUUCCUCCGAGGAGACCAACCGAAUUGACGACACCGGCGAUCUCGUCUCGCCCGCUCAGGAUGCACUGUUUAGGGUUCACCAGCGUGUGAUUGCCGAGGACGCACGUGACGAAGAGGAUGAGGAAAAGAACCACGUCACUGCAAAGCUUCUCGUACCGUCUGAUCAGAUCGGAUGCGUUAUCGGAAAAGGCGGCCAAAUCGUGCAGAAUAUCCGGAGCGAAACCGGCGCGCAGAUUCGGAUCCUUAAGGAUGACCGAUUGCCUCCUUGCGCGUUAAGCUCCGAUGAACUUGUUCAGAUUUCUGGUGAGGGUGCGGUUGUGAAAAAAGCUCUGUUUCAAAUUGCAGCUCAGAUCCGUGAUAAUCCGUCACGGUCUCAGCACCUGCUUGCUUCUGCAGUUCCUGGUGGGUAUGCAGCUGGUGGUCCUGGUGCAGGGGCUCCCAUUGUGGGAGUAGCACCUUUUGUGGGUGCUUAUGGAGGAUAUAAAGGUGACGCUGGUGAUUGGUCACGGUCUUUGUAUCCUGCCCCAAGGGAUGAAGCAUCUAUGAGAGAGUUUUCUGUUCGGUUUGUUUGUCCCACUGGCAACAUUGGGGGCGUUAUUGGAAAGGGUGGUGCUAUAAUAAAUCAAAUCAGGCAGGAUUCUGGGGCUACCAUCAAAGUUGAUAGUUCAGCAACUGAAGGAGAUGACUGUUUGAUAAUCAUUUCGACCAAAGAGUUCUUUGAGGAUUCUUUCUCUCCAACAAUAGAAGCUGCUGUAAGAUUGCUGCCCCGGUGCAGUGAGAAAGUGGAAAGAGAUUCAGGGAUUGUCUCUUUCACCACCCGACUACUUGUGCCAACCUCAAGAAUUGGUUGUCUAAUUGGUAAAGGAGGAACAAUUGUAACUGAAAUGAGGAGGCUUACAAAAGCCAACAUUCGAAUUCUUUCAAAGGAAAAUCUUCCUAAAAUUGCAUCUGAUGAUGAUGAAAUGGUGCAGAUUUCAGGAGACCUUGACGUUGCCAAGGAUGCUCUUGUGCAAGCACUCACACGGCUGAGGGCAAAUCUUUUUGAUAAGGAGCGUGCCGUAUCAGGAUUCCUUCCAGUGCUUCCAUAUCUUCCUGGUUCAGUUGAUGGAUCAGAUGGCUUGAACUAUGACAGUAGAGAUGGUAAACGACAUGGACGUGGUGGGUAUGGAGGUUCAAGUGAUUUGGCAUCUGGUGAUGGUUAUGGAAGCUAUGGAAAUUCACAGCUUGGUAGUGGUGGUGGUGCUUAUGGAGCUUAUGGAAGUUAUUCUUUGGGACGGACUAGUGCCUAUGGGUCUACUCAGAAUGGUUCUUCUCGGAGGAGAAACCAUGCUUACUAG